AUACACACGCACGCCAGCCCAAAAUAAAUAAUUAGGGUAUCCCAUCCGUCCCACGAGCGGCCAUAACCAUAAUACGUGCAAAAGGAAGAAGACAGAACCGAGAUGGCGCCCGUGCGUGAAGAGAUUCGCCGAUGGCCCAUUCGUCCGGGCCCAUCUACAUGCGGGCUGAGAUCAGAUGAUGCUACGGGACAAUGGGCUUCCUAUCCCACCUUUUUUUUUAUCUGAUGCAUUCCGAUUGGGCCUCGUGGCCCAUGUAAGGUUUAUUUGUGGUCGAGAUGUGUCCCACAUAAUCCACUUCGAGUAGUGAUAGCGAUGGGGCGGGGCGGGACGGGCAGGUACCUCAAUAUAUAUGCUCUCCGCCCCAUGCUACUACGGUUCGGGGUGAGUCGAUCCAUUCUUAGUUGUUAUUUGAAAAAAAAAAAAAUGAAUGCAAAAUGUUACUUUUUGUGAUAGAAUAAUAGGAAAGACACUUUAUGGAUGACAAUCGUGAUAAUAAAUAGGCAAUUGAGUCUAACUAAUUGAAAGAUCAAGUCUAACUAGCUGAAGAAAAGUCAAAAUAGAAGAAAUAUGAAUAGAAUUGCAAGAAAUCGAGAUAAAAUGGGUCCAGAACGAGGCGGGUCAGGGCAAGUUGGAAGUAGUUACACAUGUCCUGCCUCACGCUACUGUGGGUCGGGUAAUACCCCCGCCUCAUCGCGGAUCAGGUCGAGUAAUACUCGGCGGGGCGGGUUCAAAUUGCCAUCCCUAACUUCGAGUGACGUAAACUCUAUGAUCAGCAAACACAAGCAAAGAUGGAAUCACAAUCCGUUUGAUCGUGAUUCGAACAGGAGAUGAAGAUCUCUCUUUUACAAAAGGCUCUGAUAUUAUGUUAGAAACGAAUUGGUUCCAAUAACUCGGUUUAUCAUUCCAUUGAGAGGGCUUGGUAUGCCUUUCGACUGCAUUGCCAUAAACCCAUGGUCCAUGAAACCGUAUCGUACCGGUGGUUCAACCACAAAAUACCAGUAUCGGAUGCUAAAUCGGUAAGCAGUAUUUAACGGUAUUAACGAUUAACUACGGUUAAACCACAGUUUUGCCAUAAAAUACCCUACCGCUAACUUUUCUUGUAUGAUGUCCGGUACGGUUUCAUGGACCAUGCAUAAACCUUCCUGCUGCCGAAUGCAGUUAUUCCAGGAGGAUUAGUCCAGGCAGGCUUUGUUCUAUUAGCCAAUCGUACUUUUUGCAAUUAUCUCCCAACGUCAAACCGCAUCCGGCCGGAUGCAACAUAAUGGCAACUAAGAAAAGGAACAAAACCACACUACUCACAAGGAAGAGAUGCCCUCCCAAAAUUUUGCUUAUAAAAAGAAAAAACACCAUGCUUGCCCGAAUAAUCAACUCAACUUACUAUAACUUGCUGCUGAUGACGAUGGCAACUGGAAUUGGUUGUCGUAAACUAGUCACGACGUCGUCGUCCUCCUCGUCAGCAUUGUUACUAUGGAUCAGCCUCUUGUUGCUCGGAUCGAUUCGGACGACGACGACGACGGCGGAAGACAUCGUCUAUCCUCUGUGCAGCGUCGACAAGGUGCCGACAGGGGACCCGCUCGCCUUGGCGAUCGAGCACCUGAUGUGGAAUCUGGUGGAAGCAGGGCCGAAGGUGGCGAGGAAUCCUGGGGCGAUCUCCUGUUACAAUCAAUUGUACGAAAGUAGCAAUGGCGAUGCCUGGGCUUAUGGCUCGGCGUCCUGUGCUGUCCAGGAUGUUGGCGCCUGCACGGCCUGCUUGGACUCUGCACUCCAUGCCCUGUCCAACGGCUGUCUCGACUGCCGUGGGGCGCAAGUCACCCUGCCGAGCUGUUUCAUGAGGUACGAGGCGUAUAGAUACUGCGAUUGAUGGGUGGUGGACUGGCUGGUUGCAGCAGUUCGUUGAUGCUCUGUUUCUCUUGUGUCGUGAUGAUGAUGAUUUGGUUCCCCCUGUUUCUGGUUUUGCUGUUCUGGUUUGGAUAUGUAGUGUUAUGGGUCGACUUUUGUUGCAAUAAGCUUUGGUGUGUAUACUAUGUUUGAAGCAUGUGUGUAACUAGUCAAGAAUUGGUAUCGAAAAUGAGCAAGUUACUUGGAUCCACUACUGAACCAAGGGUUAAGAAAUCGUAACGUACAGACAGUUCGAUUAGAAAACAUUCUACUGGAAGCGGAAUAAUGGUAGACGGUAUAAAAAGGUUGAACCACG